AUGUCUUUGCUACCCCCCGAGGUCCACUCCGCGCUCUCGCAGCUGCUGCGCGCGUUAACCACCCCGGACAACACGGUUCGUACGCAGGCGGAAGAACAGUUGAAUAAUGAUUGGAUUCAAGGUCGUCCGGAUGUCCUUUUGAUGGGCUUGGCGGAGCAGAUUCAAGGCGCAGAGGAACUAGUAACACGUACAUUCGCCGCGGUGCUGUUCAGGAGAAUAUCUACCAAGACACGGAAGGACCCUGUCACAAAUGAAGCCAAAGAGCUCUUCUCAACACUUACUGGAGAGCAACGCCUGGUCAUUCGACAGAAGCUGGUUACUUGUUUGACGACUGAGACUGUGACGGAUGUCCGGAAGAAGAUCGGCGAUGCAGUGGCUGAGAUUGCGAGACAGUACACCGAUAACGGUGACCAAUGGCCUGAGCUUCUCGGGGUUCUUUUCCAGGCCAGUCAAUCCCCCGAUGCUGGCUUGCGUGAGGCUGCUUUCCGCAUUUUCUCGACCACCCCCGGAAUCAUUGAGAAGCCCCACGAAGACGCCGUUCAGGGUGUGUUUGGCAAAGGUUUCAAGGAUGACGUUGUGUCUGUACGUGCGCAUUGCUGCCAUGGAGGCUUUUGCUUCCUUCUUCCGCUCGAUUUCGAAGAAUCCCAGCCCAAGUUUUUCCAGCUCGUGCCAGACCUCCUUAACGUUUUGCCUCCGCUGAAGGAAUCGUCCGAGAGCGACGAGCUUUCUGCUGGAUUCUUGGCCCUCAUUGAGCUGGCCGAGAUUUCUCCCAAGAUGUUCAAGAGCGUGUUCAACAAUCUGGUGAAGUUCAGUAUCAGCGUGAUUGCCGAUAAGGACCUCAGUGACCAGGUUCGCCAAAACGCCUUGGAAUUGAUGGCCACAUUUGCAGACUACUCUCCCAACAUGUGCAAGAAGGACCCUGAAUUUGCACAGGAGAUGGUGACCCAGUGUCUGAGCCUCAUGACUGACAUCGGUAUCGAUGAUGAUGAUGCUUCCGAGUGGAACGCAUCUGAGGAUCUUGAUCUGGAGGAGAGCGACCUCAACCAUGUCGCUGGAGAACAGUGCAUGGACCGCCUGGCAAACAAGCUUGGUGGACAGGUCGUCCUUCCCGCUACCUUCUCUUGGGUCCCCCGGAUGAUGUCUUCUUCAGCCUGGCGUGAUCGCCAUGCGGCCCUUAUGGCUAUCUCCGCUAUCUCAGAAGGCUGUCGCGAGCUGAUGGUUGGUGAACUGGACCAGGUGUUGGCACUGGUCGUUCCCGCUCUCCAGGACCCCCACCCUCGUGUCCGCUAUGCAGGCUGCAACGCCUUGGGUCAGAUGAGCACCGACUUUGCUGGCACGAUGCAGGAGAAGUACCACGCUAUUGUGCUUAACAACAUCAUCCCAGUGUUGAACAGUGCCGAGCCUCGCGUCCAGGCCCACGCUGCCGCGGCGCUGGUAAACUUCUGCGAAGAGGCUGAGAGGAAGGUCCUUGAGCCCUACCUUGCCGAGCUUCUGCGCCAUCUUCUGCAGCUCCUGCGCAGCGACAAGCGCUACGUUCAGGAACAAGCUCUUUCCACUAUCGCUACGAUUGCCGACUCUGCUGAAAAUGCGUUCGAUCAAUACUACGAUACCCUGAUGCCUUUGCUCUUCAACGUAUUGAAGGAGGAGCAGUCCAAGGAAUACCGUCUUCUGCGUGCUAAGGCUAUGGAAUGUGCUACCCUAAUUGCGCUCGCUGUGGGCAAGGAGAAGAUGGGACAAGACGCUCUGAGUCUAGUGCAGUUGCUGGGCAACAUCCAACAGAACAUUGUCGAUGCGGAUGACCCGCAGUCGCAGUAUCUGCUCCACUGCUGGGGCCGUAUGUGCCGGGUCUUGGGCCAGGACUUCGUUCCUUAUCUCCCUGGUGUUAUGCCCCCUCUCCUCUCCGUUGCGGCUGCCAAGGCGGACAUUCAACUGCUAGAUGAUGAGGACCAGAUUGACCAGGUUGAGCAAGAUGAAGGCUGGGAGUUGGUGCCUUUGAAGGGCAAGAUCAUCGGCAUCAAGACCAGCGCGCUGGAAGACAAGAACACUGCCAUUGAGUUGAUCACCAUCUAUGCUCAGAUCCUGGAAGCUGCCUUUGAGCCAUACGUGCUAGAAACUAUGGAGAAGAUUGCCGUACCUGGCCUUGCUUUCUUCUUCCACGAUCCAGUGCGGGUGUCCUCGGCUAAGUUGAUUCCUCAGCUCUUGAACUCGUACAAGAAGGCCCACGGUGACCAGUCCCCUGGGUUCGCACAGAUGUGGAACAAGGUGGCCGAGAAGAUCAUCGAGGUGCUGAGCGCGGAGCCCACAGUUGAUACACUGGCAGAAAUGUACCAGUGCUUCUACGAAUCCGUGGAGGUUGUGGGCAAGAACUGCCUCACCCAGCAGCACCUGCACACCUUCAUUGAGUCGGCCAAAUCGACGUUAGAGGACUAUCAGGUCCGUGUCAAGGCUCGGCUGGAGGAGCGUGCCGAGGCCGAGGACGGCGAGGAGGAGAACCUGGAAUAUGAGUACGCAGUGGAAGAUGACCAGAACCUGCUCAGUGAUAUGAACAAGGCAUUCCACACGAUCUUUAAGAACCAAGGCACAUCUUUCCUGCCCACGUGGGAGACUCUGAUGCCAUUCUACGAUGCGUUCAUCACAAGCCAGGACCCGACGCAACGCCAAUGGGCUCUGUGCAUUAUGGAUGACGUGCUGGAGUUCUGUGGGCCGGAGUCGUGGAAGUACAAGGAUCACAUUAUGCAGCCGUUGGCAGCAGGGUUGCAAGAUCAGAACGCCGCCAACAGGCAAGCAGCCGCGUAUGGUGUGGGUGUUGCCGCGCAGAAGGGUGGCGCCGCCUGGAGCGAUUUCGUUGCGGCCAGCCUUCCCAGUUUAUUCCAGGUAACACAGUUCAACCAGUCCCGGACAGAGGAACAUGUGUUCGCCACCGAGAACGCUUCCGCCAGUAUUGCGAAGAUCCUGCAUUACAAUGCAAGCAAGGUGCAGAACGCACAAGAGAUCGUGGCCAACUGGAUCACGACCCUGCCGAUCACAUUCGAUGAGGAGGCGGCUCCAUAUGCCUAUUCAUUCCUGGCGCAGCUCAUUGACCAGCAAAACCCCACUGUCAUGUCCAACGCCGACAAGGUGUUCGGAUACAUCGUUCAGGCUCUCGAGGCAGAGACCUUGCAAGGGCAGACGGCCGCCCGGGUGGCCAACUCGGCGAAGCAGUUGGUGGCUACGACCGGACUUAACGCAGAUCAGAUCCUGGCUGGUGUGAACCCGGACAACCAGGCGGCAGUGCGGAGUUAUUUCCAGUAG